AUGUCGGCAGCCGUAGUCAAAGGUAAGCCAUCGCCACCAUACUGCAAGAUGCAAGGCGUGUCCAGUAUAGAGACAAGCACACUAUUCUCGCACGAUGCGACACUUCGAGACAUUCCGAUCAUGCUGACAGUAUCGGCCGCAGGCAUCGUCAUCUCCCUCUCCAUCAUUGCCGCUCUCGGUCUCGCCGUACUCGAGAAUCCACAGAUCGCGGAAUGGAUCGAAGAGCAACGCCGCAAGAUUGCCGAACUGCUUCGCUCGAUAGGCGAAGAACUCGAUCCCGAAAGCCGACGUCAAGCGGAAGCUUUCGCCUUUGAAGGCCGCUCGCCCGUCAAUGAUGCAGGACUAAGACGUGAGGUUUCCGGCAGCAGAGAGGCUGCCGCACUUGCGACUGGACGUAGCCUGUCUGGUGGCUCGGGUAUCAUCGGGAAGGUACCUGUGCGCGGGCCGGGCGAUCCAGAUGAGGCCGAGGAGCGACGACGGAAGGGUAGGGAGUACCUCGCCAAGAGGAACCAGCAGAUGUAUGAGAUGCAGCAGAGACGCAAGGCUGUAGCACAAUCACAAGCCUCUGUUGGAGAAGCAUCAAGAUCAUUCGACGCGCUUGUUGACGACGAUGGGAAGCUCAAGGUCCGUGGUGAUGAGACGGCAGAUGCUCUGCUCUCACCACCAUCAACUGUGCCCAUCCCGGAGAAGAUACGAGAGGAGAUGCGUGAGGUUGAGCAACGCCUUCUCCAACCCUUGCUAGCCGGUGAAUCGAGUUCCAGUGCUGCUAUGAGCGCCUUUAGCCUAGGCUCACGACUCGCUGAUCCAUUCAGCGAUGAGUAUGCACUUGACCGUAGCGAGACGCCGAAGCCGACUGUCCCGCCGAAGGUCGCAUUGAAUCGAGAGGUUCCAAAUGUGCGACCUGUGCUUGGCAGCUACUCUCCUCUGCCACACAAACCAUCCGCAGAGGCAACAGCGGUCAAUCACGAAGAGCUAAGCUACGAAGAACAGCUCGCCAUUGCGUUGUCGCUUUCUGAAGCGGACAGCGCCGCAAACGGACGCAAUGCCAGCCAGUCGGAGACGGACGAGGACGACGCCGAGCUUCGAGCUGCCAUCGAGGCCAGCUUGAAGGAUACGAACCAACGCAAGGCGGCGCAGACUGCAGAGAGAGCUGUCACUGAUACGCCUGCUGACACACCUGCUGACCAGCCUCUUGUGGACCUUACGCCUCUCAGUCCACGUCUCGGUUCUGGACUAUCGCAAGGGCGCAGUGAUUGGGCAACAGUCUUUGACCACCACUUCUCGCCUGCGCAGGAGCUACUGUCGCGAGGCGAACAUGCACCGUCAGAACUGAAUGAUGAGCUCUACCGUCUGACCCCUGAGCUUACACGUGCGACGCUCGCCGCUGUUGAAGCGCAGCAUUUACCAGUCCGUUCGAGCCCACCAAGUCUACCUAACGACCCGGUCCGGGAAGCGGCAUCUAGCCCAGCUCCGCAGCUGAUGGAAGCGAGCUUCUACUCCGCGCCGUCUUCUGCAUCACCGCUUGCUAGCUUGCGAACUAUGGACAACGACCUUCCUCAUCUGGUGGACCUGGAAGACGUGCCGCCACGUGGAGACACAAGGACGCCUACCCUCGGCUUUUUGACGGACGUCGAGUCUGACUCGGAGACUUACGCUUCACUGCCCCCUCAAACGCCAUCGCGCUCGCAGUCGAGGGCGCGGAGUGAGAUUUCGAACGUGGAGGUCAUUGAUGUCGUUGACGAUAGUGAUCUGGACAUGCUUUCAGAGGAAGGAGAUAGGGUCGUUACGCCUGAUAGCUGGACGGAUGUUGGUUCGAGAGAUGGUGAUAGUGAGAUGGGGGAUGAAUCCCCAACCCGGCGGUGA